CCAAGUCUAACAACAACUAGAACUAAAGUCUUCAGCUCAGCUCAGCCGCACAGUUACUUUAUUCACUAUUUAGCAACAUCAUCCCUAGGCUUGAAUAACUUAUGGUUGUGUCAUGACGGCUAUGUUAAAGGAUAAAGGGCAGUUGAUGUUUGAAGACAAAUGGCCGUCUAUGAGGCCUAUAAUUCUCAAACUUCUGCAGCAAGAGCCAGUAACCCAGAACGAAUGGCAAGACCUCUUCUACUCAGUGCAUUUGGUUUGCCUGUGGGAUGAAAAAGGUCCUCCUAAGGUGAAGGAUGCCCUUCGAGACGAUAUUAUGGAUUUUAUUCAGCGAGCCCAAGCGAGAGUGAUGGCCCACCAAGAAGACCAAGCUUUACUGAAGGCUUACAUUGCAGAGUGGCGAAAGUUCUUCACGCAAUGCAACUAUUUGCCAACUCCGUUCCGUCAACUAGAAACAUCACUGCAAGGCAAGACCAUGCCUUCAAUCAAGCCCCCUGAGAGCAUUGUCAGGAAGUUAAUGUUAGACAGCUGGAAUCAAAGCAUAUUUUAUGACAUCAAAAAGCGGCUCCAGGACUCUGCGAUGAAGCUGGUGCAUGCGGAGAGAAACGGAGAAGCAUUUGACUCGCAGUUAGUCAUUGGAGUUCGAGAAUCAUACGUAAACCUAUGCUCUAACACUGAUGACAAACUACAAAUCUACCGGGAGAACUUUGAAAAAGCAUACAUCGAAGCGACAGAGUCGUUUUAUAAAAUGAAAGCGCCGCAGUAUCUUCAAGCCAACGGUGUCCAGAAUUAUAUGAAGUAUGCUGAUGCAAAACUGAGGGAGGAAGAAAUACGAGCGCAGAAAUAUCUGGAGCCUUGCAGUGGAUCUGUGCAAGUGCUAACAGAGUGUUGUGUAAACGUCCUAGUCUCCACCUUCAAGUACACCAUACUCGCUGAAUGUGCCGGCAUGAUCAAGAGUAAUGAGACUGAAAAACUGCAGCUGAUGUUCAAGCUGAUGGACCGAGUGCCAGAUGGGAUUGCUCCGAUGUUAAAGGAUCUGGAGGAACACAUUGUCAGCGCUGGAUUGGCAGACAUGGUCGCAUCAGCUGAUAUAAUCACACAGGAUUCUGAAAAAUACGUAGAGCGGCUACUGGAGCUUUUCAACGAGUUCAGUUUGCUUGUCAAGGAAGCUUUCAAUGAUGACCCAAGGUUCCUGACUGCUAGAGAUAAAGCUUACAAAACCGUAGUCAAUGACACAACUGUGUUCCGACUAGAGUUACCUUCAAAACAGAGUGCAGGAAUGAAGAGUCAACCAGAGUCUAAAUGCCCUGAGCUGUUGGCUAACUACUGUGAUAUGUUACUUAGGAAAACACCACUUAGUAAGAGAUUGACGUCGGACGAAAUAGAAAGUAAACUAAGGGAUGUGUUAUUGGUGUUAAAAUAUGUACAAAACAAAGACGUUUUUAUGAGGUUUCACAAAGCCCAUCUUACAAGAAGGCUGAUUUUGGACACUUCAGCCGAUUCAGAAAAGGAAGAAAACAUGGUGGAGUGGUUAAGAGAAGUGGGCAUGCCAGCCGACUAUGUCAACAAACUAGCCAGAAUGUUCCAGGACGUAAAAGUCAGCGAAGAUCUCAACCAACAGUUCAAAGAAACAUAUAGGAGUACAAAAGGCAGUAUUGCUGAUUCCAUAAAUAUCAAAAUACUCAAUGCUGGAGCAUGGGCGAGAGGUAGUGAACGAGUAACGGUCUCUUUACCUCUAGAACUGGAGGACUACAUUCCUGAAGUGGAGGACUUUUACAAGAAAAAACACAGCGGACGCAAACUGCAGUGGUACCACCACAUGUCCAACGGAACUAUAACAUUCAACAAUGCUAUUGGGAGGUUUGAUGUGGACGUUACCACAUUUCAAAUGGCUGUUCUGUUUGCGUGGAACCAGCGGCCCAACGACCACAUAUCAUAUGAGAAUCUCAGGUUGGCCACGGAACUGCCUGAUCCUGAACUCAGGAGGACACUCUGGUCUCUGGUCGCUUUUCCAAAAUUAAAGCGGCAAGUGGUUCUCUAUGGUCCUGAAGUACAGUCUCCGAAGGAUUUUGAUGAACACACACAAUUCUGGAUAAACCAAGAGUUUGCCCUUGUGAAAAACGGAAAGUUACAAAAGAGAGGAAAGAUGAAUCUGAUUGGAAGGCUGCAGCUGUCGACUGAAAGGAGUAAAGAAGAAGACAACGAGAGUAUUGUACAGCUCAGAAUAUUGAGAGUUCAGGAAGCUAUAAUAAAGAUUCUGAAGAUGAGGAAAAGAAUAACCAACGCGCAGUUACAAACUGAACUCGUUGACAUUCUCAAGAAUAUGUUCCUGCCUAGCAAAAAGAUGAUUAAAGAACAAAUCGAGUGGCUCAUAGAACACAAAUACAUGCGGAGGGACGAAGACGACAUAAAUACUUUUAUAUACAUGGCAUGAUUACUGUGUAAUCUUUUCAUUUGUACUUUCGAAGUCUUUUUUGUCGUCGACGGAAUCAUCAAGAUAAUCCAAAGAUUAUUUUCUGAAGAUUUGCUUACCCAUCAAGUAUCAUUGAGCGUGAGCGUUCUUCUCUUGACAAAUUCAUACUGACUCCUCAUCUUGUUUAAAUUGUAAAUAUUUAUUUAAACCAAAUAAUUGUUAGGUUAUUUUAUUUGUAUGUAUUUCUCAACUCCCCUCUGAUGUAAUAUAAUGUUUUUAAAAAUGUUAUUUUCUCCUGUAUAGUUUUAAGUAUACAAAAGUUAAA